CUUAGAUUGAGCCAGUAGGUGUGUCAGUCAGGGGGAGUAGAGUCUAAGUGGUGAGGAGUGGAACCGUUGUCUGGUUGUGCACCAAUCACCAUGGUUGACACCCGUACUGUGAAGAGCAUUGCCCCCUCCGAGGCCGAGCAGGCCCGGAUUGCCGCCCUUUUGAGAGAGAAAAAGGAGAAGAAGGAGCUCCUUAAGCAGGCGAAGUUAAAGGCCAUAGCAGAGGAGCAGGCGGCGAAGAAGAAGAGAUUGGAGGAGGAGAUGUUGAGAUUUCAAAAGGAAAAGAUGUUGCAAAUACAGUUAGAGGAGGAGGAAAGAAGAAGGGCUGCAGAGGAAGAAGCAGCAGCAGAGGAGGAGGAAGAAGAAGAAGAAGAGCCCCUUGAAAGAAGGCAUGGGGAACAGAGAGGAGAAGCAAGUGGCGCGAAGGAGGAAGACAAAUGGAGGGAGAAGAAGAUUAGUGAAUGGGUGGCUAACUUAUCUUUGGGAGAAGAUGAAGAGGCACAGCUAUAUGUGCCGCAGGAGGAGAGGGAGGUGUUUGCCAGGGCACUGGAAUUGAUAGAGGAUCCCCUGGAACGCCAGGCGACAGAGGAUGAGAAGAAGUUGGAGUGGAAGUUGAAGAUAGUGAGGGAAAAGAAAAGAAGGAGUGAGGAAGCCAGUAGAAUAGCCGGGGAGGUUGAGCGAGUGCGAAACGGCAGGCAGGAGUUGCAGGCCUAGACAGAGGUCUCUGCCAAACUCAAUAAGAUGAUGGGCUUCCUGGAAGUCUUGAGUGAGCCCUGGCUGGAGGAGCACCAGGCCCGUAAGGGUCAAGAGGUGACCCUGCAAGCGAUGCGAUCUGGGUUCAGGGAGUUUGCGAGCGACGUGGUGGGCCAUGUCGGGUCUGAAAUUAGAAGAUUGAGGGAUGGCGUGGACAAGUUCUGCGACGGCGCCAUUGAGACCGC